AUGGCGGAUGACAGCGCGUUCGGCACGGACACGCCGCGCGAGCUGGGCCAGUGGCGGGUGCGAAGCCGGGCCGGAUUCGGCAGCGAAUUCGCCCUGGAGGGAGUCUUGGAACCGGAAGUUGGGGAGGGGGGCGGGGAUGCGGACAAUGGGAUGAAGGGUUUACGGGGCUGGGCUGGAGGCAAAAAGGAGCUAAUCCUGGAUGGCUGUGAAAGGCGGGAGGGGUCGGGAAAGGAAAAUGAGGCGUCCUGCGAAGGGGAGGUGUCGUUCAGGGUGCGCGGUGCUGGAGGCGGUCAAGAGAAGGGCGGCGUCGAGACGCAGGGUGGGCUGCCACGGGCGUGUUGCGAGGAUGGGAUGCGGGAGGGGGGGAGGGCGAUCGCCGCGAUGUGCGGGCCGGCGGGGGCCCAUGGCGGGCCGGAGGGUCCGGGGGUCGAAGGCGAUGGGGCGGUGGAGGUGGCACCCCCCCGUGUGGGCCGCAAGGGGAAGCUGCGGAGAUGGCUGGAGAGGGUGGCGUGUUGCGGCGUCGGCGCGUCGGCGAUUGAGGUGGUGUGA